AUGCAGGUGUUUAAGCCAGCCAUAAGAUCAGUUAGUUUAGAUGCUAAGAACAAUGUCAAGAGUAGCAAUGGAUUACACAGCGUUCCUUAGCAAAACAGCCAGAGCAAGGAAACCCUCUGCUCUGAGAGAACUAUUUGAUGGAAUCGGUAUAGACGAGACGUAUGUUUUAAUGGCUGGUGGUCUUCCUAACCCAAAAGUCUUCCCUAUUACGGACAUGUCGAUUACAUUCGGUGACGGGACAGUUUCAAAAAUCAGCCAAAAUGACUUAAUGGAAGGACUACAGUAUGGUAUAACGACUGGGCAUCCGGAAAUCCUGCAGUUCAUUAAAGAUAUAACAAAGCGUCUACAUGAUCCACCGCGCAUGGGUGAUCCAAGUCAUCCAGGCGCUACAGAAGUUUUGUUAACAUCUGGUUCCAAUGACGGAAUUUAUAAAUCUGUGGAAAUUCUGUUGGGCGAAGGGGAUGUAGUGUUAACAGAGGAGUACGUUUAUCCAAAUCUUGUGGCUGUUACGCAGCCGAUAGGUUGUGACGUCAAAGCCAUUCGAAUGGAUAAAGACGGUAUUAUACCGGAAUGUCUUGCUGCUGAACUGUCUAAAUGGCCGAAGCCGGUAGACGGAAAACCUUCAUUAGGGAGACUAAAGGCGUUAUACUGUGUUCCUAACGGAGAUAACCCAACCGGUGUACGGUACACGAACGAACGGAAACGGGAAAUAUACAGGCUGGCACAAGAAUAUAAUUUCAUUAUUAUAGAGGACGAUGCAUACUUUUAUUUGGAAGAAAAACCAUUUAACGAAAGUUUCCUUUCAAUGGACGUUGAUGGCAGAGUAAUCCGUCUGGAAACAUUCUCCAAGACUAUCGCCCCUGGUCUCCGGCUAGGUUUUGCCCUCGCCCCCAAACCAUUUUUCAAUCAACUGAGAUAUGUAUCGCAGGCAUCCACUCAAGGCAGUUCGAAUGUAUCUCAGAUGUUAGUAAGGGAGUUAUUUAGAAAAUGGGGAGUCGAUGGUUACAUAAAACACUGUGAAGAAGUGAAUAAUUUUUAUUCCAAAAGACGAAUCGUGUGUGAAAGAAUAGCCAGAAAACAUCUUAACG